UUAUAAGCAGGUUGUCCAUGGCCAAAGCAGUCAGUUCAGAGCAGCUGAUUUUCUGAUAUACCUUAAGUGAAGCUUUAAGUAAACUCAACUAUUGAGCUGAAAAUGACAGGCUUUAGCAGCACGAGCUUUAUCCUGGCUUCUUUGGUGGGGCUGCUGUGCCUCUUCUGCACUUCUGAGGCCCAAAGCAACCAAGACUGCUGCCUCAACUACAUGAGAACUGAGCUACCUCGUCGGGCCAUCAAUGGCUACACGGAGCAGUUAUCAAAUGAAGUCUGUGACAUCGGUGCUAUCAUUUUCCACACAAAGAGUGGGUUGAAAGCAUGUGCAAAUCCAGAAGACAACUGGGUGAAGAAGCGUCUUCUUUGGCUGAGCAAAAAGCUCAAGAAGAUGUCAAUGUAAGACAGUUUCUGAACUGGAACUAGACAGAGAGGUGGGCUGCAGAACCUAAGCUAGGUUAGAAUUGUCUCAUUGUACACUGUUGUGUGCUUGCUAUCUACUUAUUGCUGGCUUCUUCGGAACCAUUGAACUACUGAAGUUGAUUCAUAUUGCAUCACUUGUUUGCUUGACUUAAGCACUGUGUAAAAGUUUUUUUCUUUGCUACCAUAUACAUUACAUGUUUGAUUACUGUGUAAAAUAGAAUAUGAUGCACAUGUAUUGGGUACUGUGUGCCCUACUGGGUUUAAUGUACAGUGUAUUCGUGCACAUUAGCAGAAA